UUAUUAUCCAAGAGCACCAGUUUGUUCAAAUAGACUGCUAGACAUGGAUAUUGUCAAGGUCAGAGUUGGAGAUAAUGUCUUUGAAACAAACAAGUCUUUGUUGAUAAAGGAAUGCGAAUAUUUCAGGGCUCUUUACAGAUCUGGCAUGAUAGAGUGCCACCAAGAAGAGAUUCACCUUAAGAACCUUAAAGCUAAAGGAUUCGUGAUAAUGUUGUCUGUGGCCACUGGUGACAGGCCUAUUCUGAAUGACGAUGAGAUUUUGGAAGCCAUUGAAUGUGCUGCUUUCUUCCAGACCGAACCACUUGCCAAGCAUCUUCAGGAUCUUCUUAACUCUGACAAUUGUUUGCUCAUGUACCAAGCUUCAGCCACUUAUGGCUUAUGGGGUCUGCAAGAAAUGUCGGCACAGUUUAUCCGCAAUAUGUACCAUGACCUGCAAGAGGACUUGAAGAACCUUCCACAGGAGCUGACCAAACUUGUGGAGUCCCUGGUUCCUAGUGCAUUCGUGGCUGUAGGUUCCCACUCAACUUGCACUGCUGAUGAGCUUCCUCUUGCUGCCACAAGAACAGUAUGUUACCUCGAUGAGGAUGAAGGAGACUGGAAGGUUCUUACUGCCUUGCCUAUGGAGGCCAGCACAUCUUUGUCUGGUUUGACCGUUUUGGAUAACCAACUCUAUGUUGUUGGAGGUGUGCAUGGUGUUGACAAGAGAGCCGUGGAUGCUAGCUUUUGCUAUGAUGUUGUCACCAACACCUGGAGUUUGCUGCCAGGCCCCAGACAGCCACGGUACAACUUUACCCUAACAGGGAUAGAAGGUAGCCUCUACGCCAUAGGAGGAGAGUCUGGAAGAACCACCAUGUCCUCAGUUGAGAUAUAUAAUGUUGCCACAAAAGAGUGGACUUUUGCAGCACCUUUACCUCGACCGGUAGCAGGGAUCGCAUGUACAAAUGCCAUGAGCCGAAUAUUUGUGUGUCUUUGGAAGCCGAUGGACACUAAUGAAAUCUACGAAUAUAUCCCAAAACAAGAUGCAUGGGUUCUGGUGAGUACCCUUCUGAAGCACCAGAGCUAUGGACACUGUAUGGUGGCCCACAGGGACAACCUUUAUGUCAUACGCAAUGGUCCCAAAGAUGAUUUCCUGCGCUGUUUGAUGGAUUGUUACAACAUCACCACAGGGCAAUGGACAUCAAUGCCUGGGCACUAUGGCAAUAGCAAGGGGGCACUGUUUACAUCAGUAGUGAGAGGAGACUCAGUGUUCACACUGAACCGUACCAUGACUCUGGAAUACACCAUUGCGGGAAACAUGUGGAAACCUUCUAAGCAAAUGAAGGGGUUUCCAAGGAAUGGAUCUGUGUGGACAUUUCUUCUCAGGAUUCCUAAGAAGAGGAAAGAAGUGAUUGUGUCUUAAAUGGACUGAACCUUAGUAACCAUUUUCAUUCAUUCAAUCAUUCAUUUUCUUUUCGGCUUAGUCCCUUUAUUAAUCUGGGGUUGCCACAGCGGAAUGCACCACCAACUUAUCCAGCACAUGUUUUACGCAGCAGAUGCCCUUCCAGCCACAGCCCAACACUGGGAAACACCCAUACACUUUUGCAUUUACAUACUAUGGCCAAUUUUAGCUUAUUCAUUUCACCUAUACCGCUUGUCUUUGGAGUGUGGGGGAAACCGGAGCACCCAGAGGAAACCCACACGAGCAUGGGGAGAACAUGCAAACUCCACACAGAAAUGGCAACUGACCCAGCCGGGACUCGAACCAGCGACCUUCUUGCUGUGAGGCAAUUGUGUUACCCACUGCGCCACCAUGACGCCAGUAACCAUAUUAAUGGCAAAUAAAACCUAUAUAGGUAAUGCAGUGGCGCAAUAGGUAGUGCUGUCGCCUCACAGCAAGAAGCUGGUUCGAGCCUUGGCUGGGAUCAGUUGGUGUUUCUGUCUAGAGUUUGCAUGUUCUCCAAGUGUUCACGUGGGUUCCUCCAGGUGCUUCGGUUUCCCCCACAGUCAAAAGACAUGUGGUACAGGUGAAUUGGGAAGGCUAAAUUGUCUGUAGUGUAUGAGUGUGAGUGAGUGUGUAUGGAAGUUUCCCAGACAUGGGUUGCGGCUGAAAGGGCAUCCGCUGCGUAAAACAUAUGCUGGAUAAGUUGCCGGUUCAUUCCGCUGUGGCCGAAAAGCCGAAAAGAAAACGAAUGAAUGAAUAAAACCUAUAUACUUUUCAAUUUAGCAUUUUAUUUUGCCUCAAGGCCAUACAUUUAUAAUGUCAUUAAGUUAAAGGAACAAUUCACACAAAAAUUUUAUAUUCUAUCACCAUUUACUUGCUGCCAUGAUGAAUAAAAA